AUGGCGACCUUUUCGGUUCGCCAUCACGGCCGUAGUCUAAGAAGUGGACGUCUUCGAGGUCGGCAUGAAAGCGGGGAGGAAAAUGUUCGAUUGGAUUUCUCUCGUACUCCUUGUGAAAAUGUGAAAGAAAUUCUGAGCAAUGUUGUGUGCCAAAAUGGUGUCUCCAAGAACAAGAAACUUGGCUAUCUUAAUUGUUUUGUCAAGUUACUCAAUAAAGUAGGAUCUGAACAGAAUUUGGGUUACAGCAUUGAAGAAAUUUUAUGCUGCUUGAAAGUUGGACUGCUCCAUGAUGCCAAAGAAGUGCGUGCAGCCACUCUGAGAGUGAUUCGUUAUUUAUUAACUGACAAAAAGGUUCUGGAUGUGAUUGUGAGUUUGCGAAUUGAUUACCUGAUUGCAAGAUGUUUGGAUAUCUGCCUAAGCAACGAAGUCGAACGGAUUCAUGCAAUGAAGCUUAUUCGAAAAAUAAUCCAGCAUUAUCCUCAUCAUGUCCCAUUAUCACUACUUUAUCCAAUGGUGGCCAUUGGUCGAGAUGGCUCAACUGAACGUGACCGGUUGCGUCGUGCCUGCUUGGCUACUAUAUGUGAACUGGGUGAGUAA